UUGAAAAAGAUGACCCGAUCCUUUCUUCUGAUGCUGGGAGCAUUCUAUGCACUAGCAUCGGGCCAACAGAUGCAGUGCUUCUCAAUGACACGAUACUACGUUCCUAAUUUUAAGGCCAACUGGUUCCGUGCUACGGAGCACUGUUUCAGCUUUGGCAUGCGGAUUGCUAUCGUGCCGACACCACAGGAUCAUAACGCCGUUGUCGAGGUGAUUAAGCAGUCUGAAAUUUUCAACAACGAAAGCACCAUCAUCUGGCUGGGAGCUAGUGAUCUUGCCCAGGAAGGAACAUACGUCUGGCAUGCAACUGGGGCACGGCUCCAAUAUGCCAACUGGCACCCAGGUCAACCGGACAACUAUCAGGGGAAUGAGCAUUGUCUGGCUUUGAUGAACAUUCCCGGCCAGGGUUGGAAGUGGAACGCCAAUGACGGACCGUGUGUCGGUGAACAUUAUUUCGUUUGCGAUAAUGCGGAAGCAUAUAAACAGGUGGGAGUUUUUUAGUAUUUUAUGUGAAUGGGUGCAGCACAGUAUCCAGACGCUGUAAUCACGAACUGCCUCUAUUGAAUGUUUCGAAAUACCUAAGUCACCUAAUAUUAGAUUUAAAUGAUUUUAGUUCUACAUCACACAAAAAAGAAUUUAAGUUAGUUUUUUUAAGAUAAAUUGCUAUUGUAGCAAAUAGUCCGAAUAUAUG